AUGACCGACAUUGUUUAUGCAGUUUUGUUGGACUUUUCGCAUGGUUUUGUAGAUUCGAUUAAAGGUUUAUCAGUAAGUAUUACGUUAUCUUGAAAUUUAAAUUUAUUGUAUUUUUUUUAGUUCAUUCGGCAACUCGAUCAGGACGAUGAAUACGAGGAGCUAACCAAACCGGCUCCUCCGGUGAGGACAGUUCUUCAAGCAAGACGAGAGAAGAACGGAGCAAUCAAUCGUCCAGCCGAAAAAGUAUUGCGCCAUCGUGAACGAGUAUGGAAAAGGUAACUUUUUUACUUGUAGGAUUUUCAAAACAGUAUAUUUUAAGGGUUUUACAAUGUGCCGGUGUAAAUUUGGCGAUUAUCGGGAUGCUUUUUUGCCUCUCGCUGUUGUUCAAUUUUAUCGUCAGUUUAUUUUCUGAUGGAUCCUAUGGUGUAUAUAUAACAAAUAUAUGCUGCCUUCCAUUUUUCUUGAUCACGAGGAUUUUGAUGGCUCUUUGGUUCUCCGACGUUGCCAGUGCAUGUUUGCGCCAAUUGAAGCUUCAAGAUCCACCUCCAGUUGAUUUUAGGUUUGUUUGAAAAAAGAGUUUAGUGAUUAAUAUUGAUGUUCCAGGUUGGCUUUGGCGGAUACUGUCGUCUCUUUCAUCUUAUGCACAUUUUUCCUAUGCCAGGGGUUGUUGGUGGAAUAUCUUCCGAUCCCUCGGAUUUCAACAUUUCUUGUACUUGUUCAUAUGAACUUGUUGAAUUCUAUGUACAGUUUCGAAUAUUUUUGGGCUUCUCGCAGUGUCUCGCUACAGCAACGUAUUAGUCGUGUUGAAGAACACUGGCCUUAUUUUGUGGGAUUUGGAGCUCCGUUGACGAUAGCAACAUCUUUAUCUUCAAAUGUCAUCGUCAAUGGAUGCAUUUUUGCUACACUCUUCCCAUUCUUCAUAAUCAGCAGCUAUAAGGUAAAAAUCAGUUUCAUAAAAUAAUUUUUUCAAUCACAAUUUUUUUAGGCAAACUGGAAGCGAGAUUAUCCUGGGAUAGAAAUACCAAAACUGAGUAUUUUCACACUCGCUUCGUUGCUCACCAAUAAGUUUUCCACCAAAGUGAAAUCAAUUCUAUUGCCAUAA